AUGAAUCACUCCGCGUUUCCGGAUAUGUCGGGGAUGGACGUCUUGGGUUUGCAUAUCUCAAACCCAAGCCAAUCAGCGUCUCACGCUCACCCCUAUACCUCUUCGAUCUCUUCAUCCGCCUCUUCGUCUACCUCUUCAGUCUUCUCGCUCGACAGUACCUCGCAGGGAUCCGUUUCGUCCACUGCUUCCAACCCUGUCGACUUUGAGAACUAUGUAGAGAGUCAGGUCAGUAGUCAUCAGAGGUACCCCCAGGUCUUGGCCAAGGAAGUUGUUGGCAAGACUAAUGUGGUGCCGCCAGAGCUGCGCAAGCAUCCUCGGCGCACCAGUGUUGCGACCAGUGGUCCUGGCGCUCGUCCUCCGCCUUGUCUGCUUAGGCAGUCAGAGCGAAAAGUGAAUUUCGUCGAUAAUCUCGUCGAUACGGCGUCGCAGAUUGUGGAAAACAUCUGGCCCCUCUCGGCUGCGGCAUCCCGCUGUGAUACCGCGACCGGGACGAAAGGAGUUCUUCCCCUGCGCACGUUUAUCCAGGAGACUCUACGUCGUUCGCGUACUAGUUAUAGCACUUUACAAGUCGCUCUUUAUUAUCUGAUCAAGAUCAAGCCACAUGUGCCGGCUCAUGACUUGACUAAGGAACAACCGAAGAACCAAUCUCUGAUGCGGGCCAUGCAGUGUGGUCGUCGGAUGUUCUUGGCUGCGCUGAUAUUGGCCUCCAAGUACCUGCAAGAUCGCAACUACUCGGCCCGUGCCUGGAGCAAGAUCUCGGGUUUGAAUACACUCGAGAUUAAUCAGAAUGAGUUGAUGUUCCUACAGGCUGUCGGAUGGCGUCUCCACAUCUCCGAAGCCACCUUCCAGCGCUGGACUGAAAUCGUCCUGAAGCUGACCCCCGGAGCCGGUGGCCCCCCAGCAAGUGAAGGCCAGUGCUGGCGAACUGUUCUGCCCCGAUUGACACCGGAACUCGAUUCAAUCAACGUUUGGGAGCCGACUACGCCGAUCUCGGCCAUGGAAAACAUGGAACUGGGCUUGGCGGAUUCCUUGUCCCCGCGCAGCACCGUGAGCAUUGAGUCAUUCCGCUCAUCUUCACAUAGUCUGCCGCGGACCCUGGAACCCGCCCCGCGCAUGGCUGAUUAUGUUAAUCUGCCGCCGUCGAUCGUCCGUCCUAUGCUCCCUACUCCACAGAUGACGCCGCAGUCGCAUGUCGUCCUCGCCCCUGCAUGCGAUGUCCCAGGCGCAGAACAUCGGGUUUGCACGCUCCACUUUGGAUCAACGUCCCCCUAUGUCCUUCUACUCCCGGCCUUCCCCUACGAUACUUACGCGGUGCGUCGGUCCUCUCUGGCUCGGUCCACCUCGUCGGCUUCAUCACCGGACUCGAUGGUGUCGGAUGUUUCUACACUCUCAUCCCGAUCAUCUCGUUCAUCGUCCGUCUCGUCAAAUGCAUCAGGAGUGGGUGCCGCUCCCGCUCCAUCUCGGUUGGCCAUUACGGCUGCCUUACGAUGCACUAGCAAUUCUCUGAAGGAGAGUCGCACGACCUUGGCGAUGGCUACUCCCGUCGACGAAAAUGCUCUGGUCGAUCUGUACAACUCCAACGUUUACUCGGCGACUGGCUCGGCUGAUCUUUCGAACUAUUCGUUGGAUUCCAGCCUGAGCGAGGCCGCCCAAAGCCUCUGUGAGCUGUCCGGAGCGACUCCUGCACGUCGUCAGUGCCGCAAGCGUGGCCGCACGGGAUCGGACGACAUGUUGCUUCAAAACCAUGUUCGCCAGCUGAUCGAGACGGGUGCUUCGGCUCCAUCCUCGAUGGUCCCUGACGCGAGAAUGGCCACUUCAUUUUUAGUCGAUGGGUCUUUGGUCUCCGGACCGGCCGGUAUGAAGCGCGCUUGCUGUGGAAGUGAAGCCCGCAAGAUUGCUCUCAAUCCCAGUGUGCGGGUGGAUAUCUUGAACUAA